GGAUGUGGGCGAUGGAUGUAUUUCUCAGAUAAUAUUGGACACUGAAAAUCCAUGCGAUUGGAUCUCUUACGGGAACAUAAUGGAAAAAAACAGGAUUGGCGAUCGUGACGUUGUGAAGCAUACACAUUUCUAGAUGAUUGUUCUUGCUUUUAUUGCAUUUUAUGCUAGUAGGAGCAUUGUACACGCUCUCUUGGUGAGGUUUGGGCACUGUAGAGUGUGUUUCAAUGAACAAUUGGGGGCCACAACUAUGGGGAACACCUGUGUAUGCAGAGAAGAUAGUGGAGCGGAGGACAAUAUUGAUUCUUCAAGCCAGCAAACCGAUAACCGCACUGUACCUGCAAAUGAUUCUAGAAGCCGAAUUAGGGACCCUGUGAGAACACCACGAAGGGGUCGGGGACCACAUGAGCCACGGAGGAAAAAGACGAAUGUGGACAGCCUGGUGCUGGAUACUUUGGCUGUGAUUAGAACUCUAGUAGAUAAUGAUCAGGAACCUCCUUAUUCAAUGAUUACAUUACACGAGAUGGCCGAAACCGAUAACGGCUGGCUGGAUGUGGUGCAGUCUCUCAUUAGAGUCAUUCCAUUAGAAGAUCCUCUGGGUCCUGCUGUCAUAACCUUACUGCUAGAUGAAUGUCCGCUGCCAACAAAAGAUGCCCUCCAAAAGUUGACAGAAAAGUUACAUUUGAGUGGGACCACGGCAAUCCAAGAUGCCAGUAACCCUGCCAAACACCGCAAUACAACAGCAGUAUUAGGGUGCUUAGCUGAAAAACUGGCAGGGCCUGCUAGUGUUUCUUUACUGAGCCCUGGGAUUUUGGAGUAUUUAUUAGAAAGUUUGAAUUUCAGGUUUCAUCCCAUGGUAAUCCUGUUUGCACUCAUUGCACUGGAGAAAUUUUCACAAACAAGUGAAAAUAAAAUGACUGUUUCUGAAUCACAAAUCAGCGAUCGCCUCCUCUUACUAGAGAGCUGGACAAAUAAUGCAGAUUACUUAAAGCGGCAGGUCGGGUUCUGUGCUCAGUGGAGUUUGGACAACCUAUUCUUAAAAGAAGGAAGAGCGCUAACCUAUGAGAAAGCAGACUUAACGCCAAUUAACGCCAUGCUUAAUAGUAAUGAUGUAAGCGAGUACCUCAAGAUCUCUCCUUAUGGAUUAGAAGCUCGAUGUGAUGCCUCCUCCUUUGAGAGUGUUCGCUGCACAUUUUGCGUAGAUUCUGGUGUCUGGUACUAUGAAGUUACGGUUAUUACCUCUGGGGUCAUGCAGAUAGGCUGGGCAACCAAAGACAGCAAAUUCCUCAAUCACGAAGGAUACGGUAUCGGGGAUGAUGAAUAUUCCUGUGCAUAUGACGGCUGCAGGCAGCUGAUCUGGUAUAAUGCCAAAAGCAAAGCACACCAACAUCCUUGCUGGAAAGAAGGCGAUACUGUGGGGUUUUUAUUGGAUCUACAUAAAAAACUAAUGAUUUUCUCAUUAAAUGGGAACCAGCUUCCUCCUGAAAAACAAGUGUUCUCCUCUGCAACGUCUGGGUUUUUUGCUGCUGCAAGCUUUAUGUCUUACCAACAAUGCGAGUUUAAUUUUGGAGCCAAGUCCUUUAAAUAUCCACCGACAAGUAAAUUCAGCACCUUUAAUGAAUAUGCAGUUCUUGCUCCAGAGGAAAAGGUUAUAUUACCCAGACACAGACGCUUAGCAUUGUUAAAACAAGUGAGCAUCAGAGAAAACUGCUGUACGCUUUGCUGCGACGAGGUGGCAGACACAGAACUGAAGCCUUGCGGACACAGUGAUCUCUGCAUGGAAUGUGCCUUGCAGCUGGAGACCUGCCCAUUGUGUCGUCAAGAAAUAAAGACUCGCGUACGACAGAUUGCCCAUAUUUCUUGACAUUUGUGGAAUAAAUGCAGGAGAAAACUUUUAUUUUUUAUUUAACUUUUUUUUUUU